AUGGCUGUCUCCCUCAAGGUCAACAACAUUCAUGACGCUGCUGCGUUGCUUGGCGUGACCUUCUUCGGUGGCUUCCUGGUGCUCUUGAUUCGCAAUCUGAUUAAGAAAUUCGGAGGCAAAUGCGUUACCACGCCCGUCCCGACAUGUUCGCUCCCACAGAAGACAUCCAUAAGCAACUCGUCAACAGGCGAUUACGUCAAUGUCUUCCCACCCUCGCAACGAAGAAGACUACCGCAACUCGAUCCGCAGUUUGCCAAUACUGAGCAUGUUGACCUUUCCAUAGCGCGAAAGUCUCUCGUCAAGCUCCAAGAUGACUACAGAAAGGCCGAGCCCGAGCAGUUCAUCUUCAGCGGCUUCGCUAUCAGCGAUAUCCGCUCCCUUGGCGCCUUUCCAGACUAUUCGACCCUGUCUGGUGUUCCAUUGCCCACCCCUUUGAAAGACUUUGAUAUCGACAAGGCGCUUCCAAGGCCAUACCGGCCCUUCCGAUGGCCCUACCACCAGACUAUGUCACUGACAAAGCUGGAUCCGGACUUUUGGAUUGAACUCGAAAGCACCUACCGCGAGCGACUCACCCAGCGCCAAGAACUCUACGCACAGCAUGGAGACGAUCUCCUGAACUGCCUGCCAGGGGCAGAGCUAGCCUGCAAGGAGCUCAUGGAGAUGGUCCUGCAAUUUCUCUGCGCUCGGUACCCAAAGCAGUUUGAGAUCCGAGACAAGAAUAUGCUGUGCAACCACAUCCUCGGAACGACGACCGAUCUCGCAGCCACGCCACCCCUCCAUGUGCUCCUUCAUAAUGUCCCCGAAGACUUUGGGAUCGUGCUUCGAGAUCACGAGACGGGCCGCUACGUCCUCCGAGCCGGCAUGGUUUGCUCUACGGUUGGCUGGAAGCUGGGCCAGAAGAUCGGCAUGGGCCUGCCCGAGAUACACAAGCCGAUCCCGGACUACAAGGAGAAGAUGGAGUUUAGCAUGGACCGGCGUCUGACAACGGAUCCCCUUUGCGCCAGGUUCUUUACCAAGAUGCCCACCGACAAGCCCAUCCAACGAGGAUCCUGGGGCCUCGAGAUCGGCCAGCCACUUUUCCUGCCCUCCGACCAUCCCGACUUCGCCCACCGCGCCUCCCAGGACCCCAACCUGCGGCCCGAGGACAUCCACCUGCGGGUGGACUGGCAGACCCUGCGGCGGCUCCCGCUCUCGGGCGCCAUCGUGUUCAACUUCAAGGCGCUCUUCACGCCGCUGACGGAGUUCCGGGACGAGCCGCGCAUCCCGUCGCUCGUGCUCAAGCUGCUCAACGAGGGCAAGGAGAACCUGAUGAAGUACAAGGGUACGUGGCACGUAGAGCAUGUGGCCAAGCCGGCGCUGGCCGAGUACGAGCGCUUCCAGGUCGAGACGGGCCUGGUGGAGAAGGACUGGGUGGUGCAGACACUAGCCGAGGGGCCAUUCUUCCCCGGAUGGGAGAGGAAGUGGUCGACGCCAUCCAAGGUGGGACGCAAGGGACCUCGAGCUGGCCUCCCUCCUCGGUCGAGAGCAGGAUGCAUCACCUGCAAGAGGAAGCAUAUCAAAUGCGACGAAGCGAGACCCGAGUGUUUGAGGUGUUCUGAGAAAGGCCUCAAAUGCGGAGGCUACAAGCAGGACCUCAAGUGGUCCUUCAAGUACCAACCGGACUUUCAGUUCCAAUCCUUUAGUAUCGAACCAUCAUCACCAUCGACCUCACACCCGCGACCACGAAAGAACUCCUCAAAACAACAAUGUGACGCAAGCAGCACGACUCCAGCGUACUCCCAGUCCGAUACGGCAUCGAUUUUCUCCGGGGAAGGCAGCAAUGAGCAGGCGGCGCAACGACGUGCAACGCAAGGAGGCGAUAGGAUCGACGAGUUAAAUUUAUCAACACGGAUAUCAGCGCAGGAGUGUCAAACUGGAGACGGUCUGAUCUCUGAAGAGCAGUCAUCACAGGUGGAUGAUGUCGGGUUUGGCCAGGAACUUGAGCUACAGAGCACCGACUUUGCCGACAUCGAUUUCGCGGACUUCACAGACUUGACUGAGACAAUAUCUCUGCCGACUGAACAGGCAUUGACCCUGUCAACAAGGACCCUGAUGGACACUUCAUCAGCCUUCGUUAUCAACUGGUUCGAGCAAGUCUGCCCAGCAUGGUCCGGUUUCGACUCCGACACCAACAUGAACCGUAGGAUAGCCAUCGAUCUGUGGCACAACUCUGCGACAGUGCGAAGUUCCCUCGAAAGCAUGUCGGCUGGCUUCAUGGCCUCCCGCCUCCCUUGGAUGCGCCAGUCUGCUCUCAGGCUUAUGCAAGCGGCAACAGAUUGCAUACAAGCAGAGCUGAUGACGGUGAAGAGGAGCACCUUUCCGCUGUUUGUCGUCCCGACAGGACUCUUGUUCUCGUUGUUUUGCAUGGGGACCACUAUCUGCUGGGUGGACGCACGAGCUCUUGGCCUGCCCUUCAUCAAGGAGGCAAAGGCCCUUCUCCGUCGCCUCAAUCGGCAGAGUUCGCCAGCUCUCGAGGGCCCGGAGAAGGAUAUGCUGGCCUUCUUUAACAAGUCCCUGGCCUACUGCGAGAUGUUGCUGGCUGUCGUCCACAACGACGACGAUUGUCAUGCCCUUGAAGACGCGGAUGCUGGAGCGCGUCCGACAGAAGCGCAGCCAGCCGUUCUGGGGAGCUGCGAAGUGGGAGAUACUCUGCACCCAUGGACCGGGGUAUCGACCUCGGCAACCCGCCUCUUUACCAAGUCAAUGACACUCUGUCGAAAGUUCCGCUUGAAGAUGCGGCCAUCGGCGACACAGCCCGAAUGGCUGUUCAUGCCCAUUUGCGACGAGCUCGCCCAGGCUGAAUCUCUGGAAGAACAGCUACUAGCGCUCAAGUUGCCCUUUGACAGCGGCAGCAAUGUCUUCAGCACUGGUGAUCAUACAACGCCAGUAGCUCAUCUCGUUCGAACGGCCGAAGCAUACCGCCUCGCCUCGCUUCUGCAGCUGUACCAGACGUUUCCAUAUCUAGUGUCACUACGUCUUCCAUCGAAGCCCUCACUCAUGGACAACGAGGCCAUUUUGUGGUCCGAGUGGAUCACGCCGCUGAGCUUGCAUCUGGUCCAGGUGCUGGAGGGUAUACCUCCCACGUCGGGCAGUCGUGUCAUCCAGCCGCUGCUGUAUAUCUCCGCCAGCACAGGGCUUCGACGAAACAUCUCUGCUCAGCCCCAAACAACUAGCAGCUAUGUGUUUCAGGAGGGCAGUCACAUCAAUCCACUAGAUCUUGAUGACGGCGAGUCGCUGGACGACAUUCCAAGCCUGUCUUCCUACAUCAGCCAGAUUGGCCAGGCUGUGGGGCAGACGUCUAAUUCAAAUGCCCUGGCUGAUGAUGUCGGUAAAGCCAGACGAUUCAUAUCGGAAAGAUUGAGUAUUCUGGAAAGUAGCUUGCCACCGACUCCAGUUGCGGUUGCAAAGGAGCUUGUGCUGGCGACAUGGAGGGCGUAUGAUAACGAACCUGACGGCCUAUUAUAUACAACACACUGGGUUGACGUAAUGGAGGACAACAACCUGCGCUCAAUGUUUGGCUAA